AUGUCAGAUGAUGAGAGCGACCGUCUGCUGAUCGAUGAUCACGAUUCUUCGGUGACUUCGGGCCAGGAAGAUGGUGAUGUUGUGAAGGUUGCAGUUGGGCCGUUGGCUGCGGACCAUCCACCUCCUGUGACCAAUGGAACUAAUGGGUUGGAAAAUGUAAUCGCGGGUAAAGUGGACGAGUCGAUGGAAGAGGGAGAGAUCCUGGAAGAAAUGGACACCGGUGCUAAUUACUUUGAAACACCCCCACCCAUCGCCCCACCAGCCCAACCGCUCAACGCAGACCCAUGGUACAGUAAAACAACGGGCGGGAUCGGGAUCAAUACAGCGCCGGCAGGGGCUCUCGUCUCCCCCACACAAGAAGUCGCCCCAGCGUUGACGGUGGACACGAAUUCGAUUGAAAAGAUAAAAACUGAGAAUCAGACGAUGGCAAAGCGGUCGCCGUCCGUAAAAAUUUCCCCUGGGCGUCCGAAGGUGAUGGAGGAUGCUGUUAUCGCUCGCCCUUCGAAAGAUCACAAGGAGAAUGCGCAUUCACACGGGCAUCAUCACGAAAGGAAAAUAAAAGAAGAGCCGUACGAAGACAGAAAGCGCCUCUCUUCCUGCAAAAAGGAGAUGCCAGUCAAAAAAGUGAAGCGAGAGAUGGUCGAUGCCUCGACGAGUGUGCGAUCCGUUGCAGUUCAGGAAGAAAACGCAGAGACGUUUUUCGAUCAGGGGCAUGGAGCUCACGGCGUUCUCAACUACACUGUCAUUUACAAAACCGGAACAAAUGCUCUCUACUUGUCACUCCGCUACAAGGAAGAGGAAUAUUAUUGCGUUGUCUCCGACGGAAUGCCGAUGAAUGUGCCGAUUAAGAAAAGCCGAACGGGUAACGCCAGCACUUCACAAGCACGAGACCGGGAUGAUGAAAAGGAGGGCGGGCGUGACAAGGGCAAUUCCACCUCUACACCUAGCAAAGGGAGGAAUAGUAUCGGGAAUUCGCAGAGCGCGAAAAGAUCAAAGGCAACACCCGGCGAGAAGAAACGCUCUACCCGCACUGAAGAGCGGGAAGAAGAGGAUGCAGAUUCCAACGACGAGUCCCGGCAAACCACGGCACUAUUCGAAAUCCCUCCACCUCUCCACCUACACGUUUGCGGCAUCAACGGCUGCGAGUACAAGUUCACGCGCGGUCUGGAGCUGGAUUAUCACAAGCAGCAUGCACACGCUACUACCAAGAAAAACUACGACUCUCGAUGCUCGCAGACUUCUCUCUCAAUGGUGAAGAAAUUGCUGCUGGAUCGAGGGACCGAUGCCCCGUUUGAUCUGGUGGCCAGCUCGUCGACGGGUGUUCAGACGGACUCUGUCAGUCCGCCGGUAUAUUUAAUCGAUGUAUACGGAAACACGAUCAGAUAUCAACACACCGAAACAGAGCCCACUUACGAUUUGCUACGACCGGAAAAGCCCGCGGCGACUGGCGAAGUUCCGGCAACCACGCGGGCGCAAUACUCGGAUAUUUCUGACGAUGAAGCACCUGUACUCUGUGAGGAGGUUUCGAAUCCGGGAAGACCUGCAGCCUCUUCACAGACUUUUGACGCUCAAGCCCUGCAAAAGGUCGAGGCGACUGGGGUCCUGCACACGAUUGGCACCUCACUGCCUUCCUCCUCCUCAACCUCCAAUCUGCCAAUGGCCUCUCAGGCCCCCGCGCCGCUGCUCAACGCCUUCCACAACCUCGAUGCACUAAAAGGACGACCAUCCCCUGCCGCCAACCCGCCACAACCAAACACCGCAUCGCCACGACAAGGAAACCUGACGGGAUUGGCGCAAUAUGGGUUGGCCGCUUCUUCUUCUCCAGCUCAGCCGAGGCCGGCCGACAAUCGGCCGCCACACCACAAGAUCCAUGAGCUGAAUGCAAAAUCUUUAGUUGCCGGCACCAGCGACAAUAACAUGCUUUUGACAAGCCAGCUCGGACAACAGGCCCGGAUGGGUCAAAGCCCGAUCGGCAUCGCGAAGAGUUCAGAA